CCUCGCCUCCUUCCUCUACUCUACCCAUAUCCCAGCCCGUCUUUGUCAACUCGCCGACUCCGGUUUCUACAACCCGCCCACCGGCACCCACUCCGCCAAGCGCCACCAUCCAGCAUCGUCCCCCCCCCCUCUUGCUCUACCUCGCGCUCGGCUUCCUCCGCGUCUUCCACAGCUCUCGCCCAACACCCGCCGCAUCACCCCCACUCGCCAUGCUCGCCCACCUCUUCGGCAUCAUGGCCGUAGGGGCCGCUGCCGCUCGUGUCGAGCCAAGGGACCCUUCGCUUGGCUGUCCUGCCCUCUACACAUACCCCACAGCGAGCGACAUUGUCGAGAUCACCCGCGACCCGGUCAUCUUCAAGUGGGACACGUCAUGCAAAGUGAACACAGACAAGAUUGACCUGUACCUCUACAUGGCUGAGGGCAACAAGCUUGUCAAGGCAUACCAAGGUAUCGCGUUCUCCGACGGCAAGUAUGAGGUGCAGCUCAUGCCUACGUGGUGGAACAGGACAGAGUCCACCACCAUGUACGUCAACAUCCUCAAGAACGGAGGUAUGGCGUGGGACACGACAUGGGCCCGUGGCCCCGACUUCAACGUCUCGUAUGACUCGAGCCGGUUUUACUCGGUCACAACGAGCAACGGCGUCGUUUUGACGAUCACAUCCGGCGCGCCAUCGCCGACGAGCGACACCGUGUUCGAGUCGGUCGACCAGCAGCAGGGCCAUAAGGUGUCCAAGGCGGUCAUUGCGGUCGCAGUCAUCAUCCCCAUCGUCAUCAUCUGUAUUCUCGGCGCGGUAUGGUUCUUCUUCUAUCGCCAGCGCGAGAAGAAGAAGCUGCAGCGCUGGUCGCAAGCGCUCAGCCAGGCCUCCAACAUGGAGUGGGAGAAGGGCGCCUUGCCUGGGGAGCGCAGCUCAUCCUACGGUAGACCGAGCUCGCAUUACUCCCGCGCCGGCCGCCCAAGCACGCAUUAUUCGACCACGAGCGGGCGACAAAGUAUGGCGGCCUAUGGACGCCCCAGCAUGUCCAGCGUUGGCCGGCCCACGUCUUCCGUUAUGCUUGACAAUAUGGCUGGCGCCGGUGCCGGCAUGCGCGCAGCCUUCCCCGCCCACGGCGAGUACGGUGAUGGCCCGACGCGUUCCUCGAUUACUAUGGCGGACGGCACGACGCGCCAGUCGCGUAUCUCGUUUGCGGAUCAGCCCCGGCCCUCAGUGGACGCGCUCCGGCAGCAUAUUCCUUCAGGCCUUUCGCAUGCCGACUCGUACUACAACUCGGCUGUGGAUGAUUCGCCGCCGAAGCGUGGCUCGCCUCCCGUCGACCCCUUCGCCACUAGAUCAUCAUUGGACGCGUUGCGGGACACCGAAGCGGCCGUGCUGUAUCGAAUGGAUGGUGCACCAGAGCCAGAGGCGGUCGAGGCACUUGAGCCUGAGCGCGACCAGCGUCUCUCGGUGCAGCCGCCCACCACGUCGGCGCAACCGGCAGUGGCCUACGGCCCAGACCAGAUGCUGGCCGUGUACGCGCAGCGCGGCAAGGUGAACGCCUCCCCCGUGAGCACUCCUACUCCUCCCCCUCCUGCUGCAAAGGGGCGCCCGAGCGCGAUGAAGCGGCUCAUGAGCUUCAAGGACCUCAGCAGUGGGCGGCGUACCCCGACCGGUCGCAGGACGCCCUCAGGGCGCGAUACCCCCGACCUUCCCCGCGGCGCCACGCCCGACCUCCCCCGCGGACCCUCGCCUGACCCGGAGAGUGUGCCCAUGCGCUCCCUCGUUCACCUCAACAACGGCGUCAUGUCAAAGGAGGCCGUGGACGCGAUGCCACGCCCCGGGCCUGGGGAGAUGCGCUCCAUGGUGCACCAGCACACCGGUGUGCUGUCAAAGCAGAAGGUUGACGCGAUGCCCAAGCCCGGUCCACCUGAGGCGUAUGAAGACGCUAACGAGCGGCCGUAGACGACGACUGGCUCAGAGUCUGGAGACCUCGUAAAGCUGGUAAGGAACCUCUGCCCGCCUGGACCUUGGGCCGGGCAAGCUAUCCUACCGGGCCACACCGGUGAUACACCCGGGUGUGCGGCAGCGCCGCGCCGCGCGCCGCGUGCCCUGUACGCUUAGAUAACGGCUUGUAAUGGAUCAUUUGGGAUGCCUCUUGACGGGGCUAUGCAUGUCUCGCUUGUGUCUGGG